AUGGUUACGUUCUGGCUGAAGACUGUUUGGUUUUUCGCUUCGGGUAUUCAAGCCAGGUCUCAUACUGAUUCCCUUCAGGAUGCAGAUUCAGCCCAGUCUGGCUACCUCCCAAGUCAUAAUUUGUGUCCGAAGUCCAUAAUCAACAGCAAAUUUACCUUGUCAUGGAAGAAUGAUCUCGAGCCCAAUGAAAUUAUUUUUGCGAAGCCCCUGGUGUAUACACCGCCCUGGCUUAACAGCGAACAAGUCAUUACUGUCUCGAGCUUGAACAUGGUAAGAAUCAUUGAUGGAUUGACUGGGAAGCUGCUCAAAUCUCGGAUCUUGGCUCCUCCAUUUCAAGCGGUUGACGCUAGAUGCACCGAAGCCGGGAGCACUAUUGGUAUUACCGGUACUCCAAUCAUUGAUCCCGAUAGUAGCGUACUAUAUCUUUACUCCAAAGGCUACAAAGGAGGCGUGUCUGGCCCUAGAGGCACACUUGCCGGUCAAUACAAGCUGUACGCCUUGAAGUUACCCUCUCUAUCAGACGUGAGCGGAUUUCCAGUUGUGGUUGAAGGCCCAGCUGAGAAUGAUAAAAGUCGCUACUUUCUUGGAGGGACAGUUCUACAACGAGCUUCCUUGGCCUCCGUAGGCAAUAGCAUAGUCGCAGGCUUUGCAGGACAUUGCGAUAAUUUUAAUUAUACUGGAAUGCUUGUCGCAGUGAGUAAGAUACCGAGAGUUGGAGUUACAAGCAUUGUAGCCAUGAUGGCUAGCCCAGGUGCACCACAGCCGCAGGAGCUCAAUUACACUGUGGCAAAAGGUGGCAAAGCAGGUAUCUGGGAAUCUGGAAUGGGGUUCGCUGUGGAUGAUGAUCGUAUAUUUUUUGCUACUGGCAAUGGUGACGGUCCUGGCGAUAAUGGCAGCGGCCUUCCAGCGAAUGGUAAGAAGGCAAUUAGCACCCUGCAGCAGACGACAUCCAACUUCAUUGUCACACGCAAUGGAAAACUCAAGCAACAAGACUAUUUUCAGCCGUACAAUUAUCAAGCACUUAAUGCCGCUGGGCGUGACUUUGGUUCAGCUGGCGUCACGCUACUCGACGAGGACGUCUUUAGGGGAAGAGGCGUACGAAGAAUUGCCAUCAGUGGGGGGAAAAGCGGAAGAAUCUAUAUCAUGAAUGGGGAUGAUUUAGGCGGUUUUGCUAAUGUUCUCCAGAGCAUCGACAAUGCCAAGUCCCUGUUUAGUGGUACAGGGAGCUACCCACGCGAGGGAGGAUAUAUCUAUUUCAACCCACUAGCGGAUUACUUGUACGCCUACAAAAUCACACUUGCAUCGAACGGGAAACCUCUGUUCGUGCUUGCUGGAAAAUCUAACAUCACGCUUAACGGACGAAGUACACCUACGAUUACGAGUUUCUAUGGCAGGAUCGGGACGGGCAUUAGCCGUACCGAACAACGGUGUAUUGGAACAGAUAUCUGUACCCUCAACCGGGAACUUGACAAGGUUCCACAGAUCAGUAUUUGGUGA